AUCUGUUCAUAUAAAGCUACUCAGCGAACAAAUUCCGGUAAAUCUGACUAAAUACACGUUAUAAUAAUAUUCUUUACGUAGCUAUACGGUGGAAUUUUGUCGAUAUUUCGCAGCACCCUAUUUUUUUUAUUUAAUUUUUUUUGCUGUUGUUAUAGUUUUCUCUAUUUUUAGUUGAAAUAUGGAGAGCAAAUCUUACAUGGUCCAUAUGAACGGGAAUGGUGUUCACGCUAUUAACAUGAAUGGCAACGUUCGUUCGGACAAGAUGAAGAUCCGCAAAAAGAGGUGGAACAUUAGAGCUUCAGCGAUGUCCAAGAACACACUGAAUCCCAUCCGCGCCAUUGUGGACGGCAUGAAGAUCACUCCCAAUCCUGACAAGCCAAUGAUUGCCCUCUCCAUCGGAGAUCCUACUGUGUUCGGGAAUUUGCCUACAGAUCACAAGGUUCUUCAGGCCAUGAAAGAUGCCAUUGACUCACACAAGUACAACGGCUAUGCUCCCUCUGUAGGUUAUCAGAAAAGCAGGGAAGUGGUAGCAAACUUCUACAGCUGCCCUGAAGCUCCCCUGGAGGCAAAGGAUGUCAUUCUGACCAGCGGCUGCAGUCAGGCCAUUGAGCUGGCUAUCAAUGUGUUGUGCAACCCCGGGCAGAACAUUCUCGUUCCCUGCCCUGGCUUUUCCCUUUACAAAACACUUGCGGUCUCCCUGGACAUCGAGGUCAAGCACUACAACCUUCUGCCAGAGAAGUCCUGGGAGAUCGAUUUACAGGACCUGGAGAGGCUGAUCGACGAGAAGACCACCUGCAUGAUCAUCAACAACCCCUCAAAUCCUUGUGGCUCUGUUUACAGCAAGGAGCACCUGCAGGACAUCCUGGCAGUUGCCUCCAGAAACUGCAUUCCCAUCCUGGCUGAUGAAAUCUAUGGGGACAUGGUCUUUCCAGAACACACCUUCUACUCCAUGGCCCCUCUAAGCAGGGAUGUACCCAUUCUGUCCUGUGGCGGCCUGGCCAAGCGCUGGCUGGUGCCUGGCUGGAGGAUGGGCUGGAUCCUCAUACAAGAUCGGAACCAGGCUUUCGGGCCAGAGAUCCGGGAAGGCUUGGUGAAGCUGAGCCAGAGGAUUCUGGGGGCUUGCACCAUCGUCCAGGGGGCACUGGAGAACAUACUGAAUGACACGCCACAGGAGUUCUAUCAUGACACCGUCAGCUUCCUGAAGUCCAACUCAGAGAUCUGCUAUUCGGCACUGUCCUCCAUUCCUGGACUCACUCCCAUCAGACCCUCAGGAGCCAUGUAUCUCAUGGUGGGGAUCGAGAUAGAGAACUUUCCUGAGUUUGAAAACGAUGUGGAAUUCACGGAGCGUCUAGUGACUGAACAGUCUGUCUUCUGUCUCCCGGCAACGGCUUUUGAGUACCCCAGUUAUUUCCGGAUUGUGGUGACGGUACCGGAGGAUAUGAUGAUGGAGGCAUGCCUUCGCAUUCGGGAGUUCUGCCAAGAACACUACAAGCCGCAAAGCCAGGAAGCCAAUGGUCUGGAUCAGUGAGGGAGGAGGGGGGCACCAAAGAGCAGGGCUGGAAAGGGGGAGAAAAGCAAGCGGCGCCCUUUCUAACAAGAGCAAAUCUGCAGACGUGGUCCAGCUGCACACAGUCUAUAUUCCUUCAAGUUUUCUGAACACCCCCUUCCCCAGUAAGUGGUAUAGUCCAUGCAAAUUACAUGCUGUAUGGUUCGAUCUGAAUAAUCGGAAUCACUUCUGUUUCAUAAUAUAGCUGGUUCUGCGUAAUUGAGGACAUAUAAUUAUUGGUCCUGAUGAUAGUUGAACAUUUAAAAGUUUGACAUCUAUUUUAAGUGUUAUUCAAAUCAAACUGGCUGCUGAAAUACAACUUUUCUUUCGGGCAUGUCAUAAAAGUCUCAGGAUACAUAUUAGAUUGUAAUUCACCUAAUGUUGCUGUCUAACUUCAGUCAUAAACUCAGAAACUGUAAUUUAUUUGUUUUGCAGCUUGGGCAUAAAGAGACAGCAACACAUGUUAUACAUAUACAGUAUUAGGGUAGUUCAUGGGCAUUUAUUACAUCAACUAGUCCACCUAGCGGAGAAGAUGUAUAUUUGACUUGUUGGCUUUUCUUCAAUAGAGCCACAAACACUCUCCAUCAUGCUGGCCUUGUGCUGGUUGAUUUUGUGAAUUGUGAAAGACAAAUUAGUGGAACUCCGCUGACUUAAUUAAUAAAGUAGUUGGCAGCUACAGAUGAAUGAUGGGUAAUCUGUUUGCAGCUUGUUGUAAAAUAUCUUGAGCUUAUCUCUAGCUGAAGAAAGACUGCAGUUACUCUUGGAGUACAAUGGACCGUCUUCUAACAGCUUAUCCUGAUCAGGGUUGCGGUGGGGACUGAUCCCAGGCAGCAUAGGGUAGGAAGGUGGGGGACACCCAGAGCACCAUGCUGGUCCAUCUCAGGACAUAUACAUGCACAUAUCACUGGAAACUAAGAGACACCAUUGAACCUAACAACAUCUUAGGACUGACCGCGGGAAGAAACCCUUGCAAUCCUGUGAAGAACACAUGAACUACACACACACAGAGGUGGGAUUUGAACCCACAACCCAGCCCACUGAGCCACCAUGCCACCCAAUUCUGAUCAGAUAUAUUUAUAUUUAUGUUAUAUUUUGCAGGGAAUGAGAUCCUGCCUGUUGCCUUUAUGUGUUUUGUACUAGUUUCAAAGUAAUCAGAUAUAAAACAAUCAGAUAUUAAUGUAUUUAGAAAUUCACUAAUUGAAUCAUAAGCUCGAUGCAAUAUAUACAAUAUUUAGACACUAACUAUUACUCAUGUAUAUAAAUGUUUUGUGUAAAGAGUAUUUUAUGAAAUUUGGAUAAUGAGUACUUAAAAAAAUAAAUGGCGGUCUUCAUCAUUAA